AUGACCGCCGCCUCCAUCCCAACCGCCUUCAGCGAAUGCCUUCUCUCACGCCGCCCCCUUAGCCCUCACGCGCCUCCGCGCCGCAGCGCCCACGCCAAGCCGUUCCCCACCCCCGCGUUCACCCCGUCCCCGCCCGCCAGACUCCUCUCGAAUCCCCGUGCCGUCUGCAGACCGCCGCGCGCUGACCCUGCUGCCGCACCGCGCGCACAAUCAUCGUCGCGCGACGAUCUCGAGGGACGACCGCAGCGUGACACGUGUCUAUCCCGCCGUGACGCCCUCCUUUCCCUCGCGCUGCUCACCCCCUCCCUCUCCGCCGCCGCGCUCCUCUCCCCGUCACCGUCCCUCGCCGCGUCGCCGGCGGCCCCCGACACGACCGUGACGCACCGCGCGUUCCUCGAUUUCGCCGUGUGCCCCACGGCCGUGCGACUCGACCGCACGCUGGGCGACGACGCGCUCAUCUGCGCCGACGGCGAGCCGCUCGGGCGCGUCGUGCUGGGGCUGUACGGGCGCGCGGCGCCGGACACGGUGGCGCAGUUCGUGCGCAUGGUGGCGGGCGACGCGGGGUCGACGUACAAGGGGAGCGUGAUCCACCGCUCGCUGCCCGGGCAGUACGUGCAGGCGGGCCACCAGGGGCAGGUGGCGCGCGGGGACGUCGCUCCGCCCACGCUGCUUCCGCCGAACCGCGACACGGUGGCGGCGGCGUCGUUCGCGCUGAGCCACCUGCGGCCCGGCACGCUGUCCCUGUGCGUGGGGGAGAACAACGACGAUGAGCGCGUGCGCGCCCGCAGCAACUACCGCAACGUGGAGUUCCUCAUCACCACGGGCCCUGGCCCCGCCACGCAGCUGGACGGCGACAACAUUGUGUUUGGCACCGUGCUGGAAGGCAUGGAGGUGGUGGCAGCCGUGGCGGCGGUGCCGACUUUCCAGCCCAGCGAGCGCAUCCGCCAGUUCAACGAUUUUGCUGCUCUGCUGGGGGACGACCGCGCUGCCAAGGGCCGCGGCACGUGGAACAGACCUCUUAAAGCCAUCGUCAUCCAGGACUGUGGGCUGCUGGAGUGA